GCAGCGCUGGUGAUGCAGCACUGCUCCGCAAGUGUGGCCACCAAAAGAGCUGUAAUUGGCCUCCAGGGUAUUAGGAGGUAUCCCAGAAUACCUGUUCAGCCACUCUGCUCAUCAGUUCGCACUCUACUGCCCUGGCCUCAGGUGACCAGUCCUUUAAAUGCCCCGGGAAUUUUAAAAAUCCCCUUCCUGUUUGCUCAGCCAGGUGUGGAGUGCAAUCAAUCAGUGACCAUGACUCCACGCACCAAACGAGCCCUAGCAUGGAGCAAUGGCGAGUUGAUGGACCUCAUCAGUGUUUUUGGUGAGGAAGCUGUGCAGUCACAGCUGCGCUCCAGCUGUAGGAAUUACAAUACCUAUGGGCAGAUAUCAAAGGCCAUGAUGGAAAGGGGCCAUGACCGGGACGCAGUACAGUGCAGGGUUAAAGUAAAGGAGCUGUGGAGUGCCUAUUGCAAAGCCCACGAGGGAAACUGCCGCUCAGGUGCUGCCCCCACGACCUGCCGUUUUUACAAGGAGCUGGACGCGAUACUUGGGGGUGACCCCACUGCCAAUCCGAGGAUCACGAUGGACAGUUCAGAGCAGGGAGAGGAGAGGGAGGUGGAGGGGGGGAGGAAACCGAGAGUGAGGGUACUGGGGUGGGGGGAGACCCCCCGGAGUCCCAGGAGGCAUGCAGCCAGGAGCUCCUCUCAAGCCAGGAGGAAGCUAGCCAGUCGCAGCAGCUGGAACUUGUUGGUGAAGAAGCAGCAGAGGAGAGGGUUCCCGUGUCCUUGACUACUACUACUAAUCGACUGGCCGUAUCAGAGACUGCUGAAAAGCUACAAAACCUGAGGAAAAAGCCACGAGAAAGCAAAGAAGAUAUGGUGAAAGCAGUUAUGAAUCAGUCUGCCGGAGAGAGUAAGAAGCUGCAGGACUGGAGAGAAAAAAUGCAGCACUGGAGGGAAAGAGAAAGCAGGAGAAAGGAAUUGGCUAAGAAGAAAAGCACAAAGCAGCUCGUACGCCUCCUGGUGCGCCAAACGGACUGUAUCCAGUCACUUGUAGCCAUGCAGGCAGAGCACUACUGUGCUACCCCGCUCCCCCGUCCCAAAGCUCUCUCCCUUGUGCCCCAAUGUCAGCUCAAAACCCCCUUCUCCAGCAUCCAGGUUCUUACCACCACCAGCUGCCUCCAACACCUGUACGUUCACCUACCAGCCCUGAG